UUUCAUUUAAUUAAAAUUGUAAUUAAGAAAUGAUAACCGUAUUAAAUAGUAUUAAUAAAAGCAAUUGAUAACUUCCGCUUACUAGUACACUUUUUGAAAGCGGAAGUGGUUGGUCCGCCAUAAUCGUUCGUGUGGGUCUGUGCUUGUGUGGUUUAGGUUUCUUACCGGUGCCAAUAAUUAUUUUUAAUUAGUAAUAAGUUAUGCGUAUGAAUCCAGACAUGGAUGAUGAUGAGAAGGGAAAACUGUUCGUUGGUGGCUUGUCAUGGGAGACGUCACAGGAGAAUCUGCAGCGCUACUUUUCGCGCUACGGGGAAGUUAUCGACUGCGUGGUGAUGAAGAAUAGCGAAUCGGGUCGCUCCAGGGGCUUCGGCUUUGUGACAUUUGCUGAUGCCACGUUAGUGAGCGUAGUUCUGCAGAAUGGACCUCACCAGUUGGACGGCAGGACUAUCGACCCGAAGCCGUGCAAUCCUCGUACGCUGCAGAAGCCGAAACGCGGCGGUGGUUACCCGAAGGUCUUCCUGGGCGGUCUGCCUUCCAACAUCACUGAGACCGACCUUAGGGUGUUCUUUGGCCGCUAUGGCAAGGUCAUGGAGGUCGUCAUCAUGUACGACCAAGAGAAGAAGAAGUCCAGGGGCUUCGGUUUUCUGUCGUUUGAAGAUGAGAUGUCCGUCGAGCGUGUGACCUCUGAGCACUUCAUCAACCUCAAUGGGAAACAGGUGGAGAUUAAACGCGCGGAACCUCGCGACGGGUCGGGUAAACUCGGCUCAGGGUCGGGCGGCAUGGGCGGCGGGGCCAUGAGCGCGCCCGGGGACGCGCCGCAGGCUGGCCAGUGGGGCCCGCCCGCCGCCGCGCCCAUCAACAUGAUCCAGGGCCAUAACGGCCAGAUGGGCGGCCCGCCGAUCAACAUGCCGAUGGCCGGCCCGAACAUUAUGCAAGGGUACCAAGGCUGGGGCACUUCACCCGGCCAGACGUCGUACGCUGGCUACGGCGCGGCGGGUGCGGGCGCCGGCCCCGGUAACUACCAGGGCUGGGGCGCCCCGCCCGCGCCCCAGGCCCCGCCCCAUGCGCCCGCCUGGCCCGCCACCAACAACUACACGCAGCACACGCAGCCGCCUGCGCAGGGAUACGGCAGCUACGCGAACUACAGCUCGGCGCCGGCGGGCGCGUCCGCGGGGGGAAGCUGGACUAACUGGAACAUGCCGCAGAACUCCAACUCCACGGGCUCAGGCUCGUACGUGCCGCUCUCCGAAGGCGGCGAGAUGUAUGGGCGCGGCGGCGCCGGCGGCGGGGCGGCGCAGCCCCCGCUGUCCGCUGCGGGGGUGCUCUCCUCCGCGGCGCUGUCCAAGUCCUCGUCCGCCGACUACUCCACAUACCAGCAGUACCCGCCCGCCUACCAGCAGGACCAGGGCUCCACGUACGGCGCGUCGCGCUACGCCGGCGAGUUCCACGCGCCCGCUGCGCAGCCCCCAGGGGAUGAUUAUGAGUACACAGGCGGGUCUGGAGACGGCUAUCAGCGAUCUUCGAAGCGCAGCUAUCAUGGGACGUCCUCUAGCGGCACAGCAUCGGCAUCAUCCUACCAUCCCUAUAGGCGUUAACGAGUGACCUGCAGGUCGCUUCUGCUCGCCUGGUACACGAGCUGUACUCAGCUCGCUCCCCUUACAUUUCCAAUGUAAGAAUUCCAAUACUACAAUAAAACUUGAACAUGUUCAACUGUAUAUGAUGUUUAAGAUCAGCUGUUACGUUCACAAGUAAUCUCUAACCCCCUUUUUUAGAAACGAGGAAUAAGCUUAGGAACUAGUUACGCCGUGUUUUGUUCACAUCACAUAAAUGACGUUUGCCAUUCAAUUAACGGAGACGAAAUACAUUGUAAAUAAUCCAAGCUUAUUCUGUGUUUAUUUGUAAGGGGGAAACGGUUUUGAAUUGCUUUAAAUAUUGCAUCACUGUACGUCGUUUGGCAAAUAGUGCAUAUAAGGUUCGAAUCCGUAUGCGAUAAUUGUAUUUGGCGGCUGAGCUCCAGCUUUGAACCGUACUUUCAAUACUUUCCAACUUAGGGUUCUCUUGCUAGGAAUUGACUUCAUCAUUAAUUUUGACUUGAUACUCGCAUAAGAAACCAUAAGGUUAGGUACGUCGAGCUGUAGGUAUACUGUAACAUAUUGUAUCUUUCUUACGAACGCAAUCACGAAGUUUGUAAAUGGUUUUAAUUGAAAAUCCGCUUAUAAGAAGUGCCUCAUGUUAAGUUCGCAUUUUUGUAGUAAUUAUUUUAGAUGACUAGACAUUUACUGAAUCAGUAAGUAAGUACAUUGCAUUUACCUCCGGUGUUAUUGGUUCUACCUCAGCAUGUUUUCUUAAUGCGCGCGUGAACUCCGAGGACUUCUUAGAAGAUGGUUUUCCUUGAUUUUAUUGUUUAGGUUAGAAUAGGUUUUUCUUUUUGGACAUAUUUGUGUAGAUGCGGACUUUUGUUUCUCCAUUUUUUUAAACGGAAAUUAUCAGUUGUAACAAAGAUUCUUUUAUGAAUAUGCUGUUGUUUCAAAUAUUUCACUUUGUAAAUAGACUUGCGCUUGCAAAAGCAUUAUUUAAAACUUACUAUAAUAUUCCUCGCAUGUUACUGUGCUACCCAUUUUAAUUUUGAUGCAGAUAUCGGCUCACAAUUUAUGAAUUUUAACUAGAUACUGUAAGCUUGUUAGGAUGAAAAUUUAAGAUGAACUUACAAUUCUAAAAGUUGCAUAUUUUUAUACAAAUUAUUGAAUAUCUAGGUAAUAACGAUUACGGAUCGUUCCAUAUUUUACGACUAUGUUGGAAAAAGAGAGUCAAAACAACAAUUUAUUCUUUUUGUAAGAAGUUUUUAAUGAAAAUAAUCUGUUUUUUUUUGGGAUUGGAUGCCCAUUAUUAAAUAAAAGAAAUGCAAAUUAUAACAUGUUCACAUUUUUUUUUCUCAAAUCAUAUUAAAUUGUAAUAAUUUUGCAGACAUCCUUCUAUGCUUUUGACGAGUACCCCAAUAUGCUUACGUAUUAUGUAAUUUUACUUUUGUAAUCAUGUAAAAAAUGAUUUAGUUUUUUUUUUAUUUCUUAAUCCCAAUUUUAUGCAUUUAGGGUAAAAAGUAUACUGUCAAAAUGUUAAUUUUUGUUCAAAAUCAUUUAUGUAUGAUUGAAUGAUUGUGCAGGUUUGUAAUGUCUGCUACGAUAAAGAUUCUAUUAAAUUGUUUUAACUACUUUUGUAACUUUCCGAGAAAUUCUGAAGUCCUAAUUUUGACUCUUGUAUUUUUGUUUACUUUGAAUAAAAGUACUAAUUACUUCAAGUUUUAUUUGAAUUCUCUGUUAAAAUCUAGAUGGCGCUAGGUUUGAUUUCCCCUAGUUACAUAGUUCAUAGUAGGAUUAGUUUAUAACACGUAUACAUAGUGGUCUAAAAAAACUAUUUUUAUAAUGAAACUUAUUUAUUACUAAUCAUUUUGAAUUACAUUUUGUAGCGGAAGUAGAUAGGACUUUUUAAAUAUACAUACAAUAUAAAUAAUGUACCAUUUAAAUCUUAUGAUGUCGGCUAAGCACAAUCAAAACUAAUCAAAGCUAUAUUUUAUGUAAUGAAAAUUUAAUUAUUUUAAUUACUUUAAAUAUCAAAGAUGUAUAAUAUCAAAUAGAUUUUAAUGUACAUGUUCUUAAUAAUAGAUCGAAUUAAAUUUUAAAAACAUUUAAACGUUAGACGGUUGUUAAUGUUAGGUCACAAAUAUACAAAUUAUUCUAGAUAUUUAGUAUCUAUGUUUAAUAUUAGGCUUUAAAAUUAAGAGUUUUUAUAUUUAGCAGACAGGAAUAAUUAUUAGCUUAGCCAUAUCAAAUACUGGACAGUAGAGAUAAUUUAACCAAUUAAUGCAUUAAUAUCUAAGUUUGGCUUAUUAGAAUUUAUGUUAUUAAAACGUGAUCUUUAAAAACUAGCUUUACGGAAAAUUCUUA